AUGGAUUUGGCACAGACGCUUGUGCGCUCUGUCGUACGCGCCUUCUACGAUCCUCGAGAGGUGGAUACCAGGCAUAUCGUCAUCGUCGAUGCGCUCAUCACGCACUCAGCUCUGCGCGAUGAUGACUUGUCCUACUUGAUGGGCCAGAACACCAAAGACAUGAAGAAACUCUGCGGCAACCUUCAAGCAGAUCGGUUUAUCCACCAGCAUGUCCGGUCUGAACUGCGUGAUGGCCAACAGAAAGCGGUACCACGAACCUAUUACUACAUCGACUACCGCCAAGCUAUUGAUGCCAUCAAGUGGAGGGUGUAUCAUCUCGACAAGUCCGUUCAAGGCAACGCGGUCCCCGCCGCUGAGAAGAAGGAAUACUUCUGCACUCUGUGCAAGUCGGAGUGGACCCAGAUGGAGGUCCUCGACAAUUCCAGCACGGCGGGCUUUCUCUGCCAUCGCUGUGGCACCCUCCUCAUAUAUGACCCUGAGCGCCAGUCUGGUGGCCACGAGCAAUCAACACGCCUGAACAAUCAGCUCAGGUUUAUCACAGACCUUCUUCCGCAGCUUGACAGCGUCUACGUCCCCGACAAUACCUUUGAGACGGCCUUGGAAGCAGCUCGCCCUGUGGUGCGCGACGCAACCAACCAAGUUGCAGCAUCAGUCGUGGUAGAACCGACGGACAAGCCUACCGCUGUGCGUGGCAUGAUCGACACAGGUCCCAAGAGCAUUGCUAUAAGUAUAACGGCGGAAAGCGGUCCUAGUGAGGCCGAAAGGGAUGCCGAGAAGGCUCGCAAGGAGAAGAUCGCACAGCAAAAUGCUCUGCCAGAGUGGCACACUACUAGCACUGUCACGGGCAUAUCUUAUGACGGAAAUGCGAAUGCGAACGUCAAUAAGGAUGCGGAUGAGGACAGGAAAGCCGGCAUUGACACGCUCAACGCCAAGGAAGAUGCAGAUCUUGACGAUUUCUUUGCGAAGUUGAAGCAAGAACAGGCAGCAGAGGCAGCACGCAAGGCGGCCGAGGCCGAGGAGGAAGAUGACGAUGACGACGAGGAAGAGGAAGAAGAGUUCGAAGAUGCUAUUCCUGCCAGCAGCUUCGUAAACUCAGGGGAGAAGCGAACGACUUCCAGUGGUGACACCAGCGCUGCAGACACCCCGGCUUCCGACAGGCCAUCUAAGAAGGUCAAGGUUGAGGAGCCUGAGAACACCGCCGAUAGCGACGAGGAGGAUCUAGCCUUCGAGGACGUGUAG